AAUCGGACUCAUCAAUCCGGAAUUGUUUUUAGUUUAGACUGACAGUAAUCGUAAUCAUCCAGACGCUUCUUUUCAUUAUUCUUCGCUGUUUGUGUGGUUGUCUACAGCACCUGUUGAAAAUGGCUUCGGAAUUUGGAAUCAAACCUUUGAGUGUGUUUUCAUUGCUAUGUGUUACAUUGCUAUGUUUAUGUAUACACAUGGCUUUGGCAGGCUGGACUAUUGAUGGAGGGUACGAAGGGGCAUACCCAGGAGGAUGCACGAAGCUUAGAGGAGAAUGCCCACAAUUUGAACACUGCAUCCAUGAUGAAGAAGAAUGUCGCCCUGGAAGUAAUAAAUGUCGUUGCAUGUAUGGCUGCGUUUUGGACGGACAUUACCUACGCUAUGAGCAAUGGCGCAGUCUUCCAAAUAGAGGCAUUUGUAUGUGUUUGAACCCAACAAAAAAUGAGACAAAAUGCGUACACCAUUUAGAUGAGUUUUAGAUGAAAAAGAAAAUCUGUUUAAACAAUGCUGUCACAACUGUUGAGGAAGAGAAUAGUGGAAGAAUUUCAGAAGCCUCCCCUCACCAAUCUUCAUUUUUGUUUCGAUUUCUUUUAAAACUAAUUUUCAAGUUAUUUUUUGGGGUGAUAAGAAUCCUGCAAAAUAAUUUAAUCUAGAAUCAGUAAAUAAAUCUGGUUUCAAAUUAAAUUUACUUUUGAAAUCCUA